AUGGCAUUUUUCAUAUUCGUUGUAAUCGCAAUGAGCUCACCAGCUCAUGGUAUAUACUCAUCCACGCUUAGCUUAAGUUUACAAGGACAUGAAUUUCAACCUCAAUAUGGAGUUCAAUUGAUUUUUAAUGAAACAGCUCGAAGCCGAUUAUUGUGCUCCGCUACAUGUAGUCAAAAUCCAUCAUGUCGAAUUUUUGAUUAUGAUUCAAGUUCACGCCGUUGUCGACUGUUCGAAGCUGAUCUUACUAAUGGAGCAAUCAUUGCGACGGCUUCUCAAACGUCUAUUGUUGGCAGUGCGAUACUUUCAGCAUCAUUAUAUGCAUCGAUGUACAAUCAAUCUUGUUCAGCUUGUCAAGAAAAUCGAUAUCAGACUUGUUCAUCGACUACGAACACAUGUCAAUGUCCAGGGAAUAGUUAUUGGAAUGGCAGCAUGUGUCCAUUACAAUUAUUUGAAAAUGCACCUUGUAGUCAAAUUGAUGCUUGUCGAAGUGAUCUUAAUCUUGGUUGUAUCAUAAAUUCUUAUGGUGGAUUCACUCAAUGUUUAAGAGGUAUUAAUUUAUUUACUAUUUUCGUAUGCGAAAACUUAAACACAGAUGAAAUAUUUCACUUUCUCAUAACGUUGAAAUGA